AUGGUAGCUUGGAACCUUUGGGAGAGAAGGAAUGAACAUGUUUUUGGAGCAGAUCUGGCUCACCCAAGUACUUUGGUGGCUCAAGUUAAAAAGAACCUGGAGGACUUCAAAGUGGCUACUUACAAAAGCACCACCUCAACAACCAUUACUCCAAAGCCCCUCAUUCAAUGGUUUGCUCCAUCAAGAGUGAAUAGGAGUCAACUUCUCGAUCCAGAGCAGCAGAUCAAAAAGGGUGUCGGGGGACGGGAAGACAACAUUAGUGGCGAAAUUAAAGGCAAAGACGGUACUAGCAUUACUACGUAUAACCCUAUUCAUCCACCGGAGGAUCAGCAACGCAAGGGUACUAGUGUUCUUCGAGGGGACAACAUCGGAAGAGAAGCAAGAGACAGAGAUCCCGUCCCCACAACUACAAAGAUGAGCUCAAACAGUACUCCAAUACAUGCAGCAAGUUCACCGUUUGAUCUGGAUCAACAGCAGAAGCCAAAGGGUGCUGAUGAUCUCAGGCAGGAGGAAGAUCACAAGAGAAAUGAUUCGUCGAAAGAGCAGCAGAUCAAUAAAUUUCUUGGACGAGAAAACUCUACUGACAAGAAUGACGACGCAAAUUCAAAUUCUCUCCAGUACUCUUCAGAUACGAAUAUACCCGUAGGGAUCCCGAUUGCUGAAAAUGGAGAUAAGGGCCAACAACAGAUCAGUACUCAGCAUGUUCAUGUUAGUGUAUCGGUGGGAUCAGAUAAUGUUACAACAACAAUUACGGUGAAUGGAAAGCAAAGCGAAAGCGUGGCAUCCGAGAUUCCACGUACAGCUACAAAGCCUCAAAAAGAUUGUGUAGAAAAAUUCGCAGUGCUUGUGGAUGUGGUGCAGCUGUUGCAGGAGACAAAUGAUGAUCAGUAG